AUGUACUGACCAGGGGAGAGUACCUCGACUACCAGUAUGUACUGACCAGGGGAGAGUACCCCGACUACCAGUAUGUACUGACCAGGGGAGAGUACCCCGACUACCAGUACAUCCUGACCAGGGGAGAGUACCCCGCCUACCAGCGCUGGAUGGGCCUCAACGACCACGUCUGCUCCUGCAAGAUGGUUAACUUUGCUAGCGGUGCCCCCUACAAGCUGCAGCUGUACGGGAAGGGAGACUUGGCAGGCCAGGCGUUCGAGGCCACCGAGGACUGCCCCUCCGUGCUGGAGAAGUUCCACUGGCGCGAGGUGCACUCCUGCAAGGUGCUGGGAGGCUGGUGGGUCUUCUACGAGCACCCCGACUACAAGGGCCGUCAGUAUCUCCUGGAGAAGGGCGAGUACCGCAAUCCCACAGACUGGGGCGCGGUGUGUCCCAACGUCCAGUCCUUCAGACGCCUCACUGAGUAACCAGGGUCUAGAGGUGUCCCCCUCUCGCCCAACCAAUCGGAUCCCUCCUGCCCAAUGCUCGAUCACGUCAUCUACUACCGUUCUUAACACCAACCCAAGAGAUGGACCUAACACUGAGCCAUGGCCACCAGCUAAACCCUGACUGGCAAGCAGCUGACGAGUUGUGUUUUUAUUGUGUGUUUGGUGUAAGUCUGAUAAUGUCUAAUACAGCCCACAACCAAUGGACAAGAACCUCUCUGCAGUCACUCUGCGUCAAACCAACUCUAGAGCCUAAACUGUAAAACAAGACUUUUAUAUUUUUGAUGUGUUUCAUUUGAUCAUAGCCAGUGAUAGAUAUGGUAUAACAAUAACUUGUCAGUUCAUAACAUUUCGUAUUAGGAAUAAAUACAUUUGGUAAUAAUAACUCUACUUCAUGUUAUCUUAGUAUUAAAUAAACAGUAACCCAGGGCA